GUUGGAUACAAAAUUAAAAGAAUUAAUGUUGAAUCAGUCUGUUAGAUCAGAAGUGUUCAACUAUUUGGAAAGUCACUUACAAUUGAAGCAUAAAGCUGUAAUGCGCAGACUCAAAAAGUUAAGAGAAGACAAACAAGAAGAAAGAAUGAAUCCAUUGUUAGACUCACUUGGAGAAGCUAUUUCAUCGUCUAUGCCUCCAAUUAUCGAAAGUUAUACAAGAGAUAAAGAGGUCCACUUAGAACGUGUUAAAGCUUGGCAAACAGAAAAUUUACAGAAUAAUGGUACAGAAUUCCCUGACAGUCAAGGUGUUGCAAAUGGUUCAGGCGAUGGAAAUUCAUCCAAACGAAUACCAAAACCAGGACCUCCAAAGAAAAUAUAUCGUUGGAACUCUGAGUGCAGGCAGUUAUUUGAGAAAAUUAUUCUUUGCCGACUUGAAAGUUACAAGCUGUUAAAUAUCAAAGGUUCCGCUGAAGACUAUCUUCGACGCCUAUUUCCAACUUUAAUACAAUUAUGGCCUGAUGGUUGGAUUACAAAUGCUGCUCUAUGGCGGUCUGCUCUACCCAUCUUCCAGAAGUUUUGCAAUGAUCAUGGUUUAUGCAAUAACACUUCAACCUCCCAGUCGACUGCAAAAUCUUCAAACAGCAAUAGCAACAACAACAACACUAAUGCUAACUUGACAAACUCAAAUAACGGAAGAAACUCUAAUCCAGUGUCUUCUGCAAACGCUUCGUACACCUCUGAUUCUUCUAUCCUAUCAUCACAAAAUUCUCCUGUUGUCAUUCUACCGAACAUUUCAAAUAUAUCAACACCGGUUACCGUCUCUAAAACCACGCCUAAGAUAACUGCCACUUCUCUUGUCACCAACACCACUCCUCGUGCAAGUUUGCCAGCUGCUGCCGCUACUGCCACCUGUAGUCCAAAAUUGAAUUCAAUUCCUGUCACAAAAUACUGUCAGUCACCUCCUGUACUUCAAUCAACUGCACAAACAGUGAAUCGACCAAACUUUCGGAUUACACCGUCUUCAGUGGCACAGAAUCCUAACCCUAACUCAAAACCAACCACUAGCAGUCCGAAAGUUCCACUCACUCUGUGUGUAGAUACUGGAUCCUCUCGCCUGUCCUAUGUACUUCAAUCGAAUGUAGGAUCUGUAUCACCGAAUAAUUCACUUGUUGUCCCAGUCGCCUCUUCUCUAUCACCUCAGACGACAUCACAAUUCAAUCGGACGCCUAUCCUGCAGAAUGAAGCUAUAAUCGGUAGUCGAGUUUCUCAUUCUAAUGCAACAGUACCUCUGCGUCUUGUUUCAUCGAGUUCUACAAAUCCGUCAAACACAACAACAACAACACCUACUGUUUUAUUAUCAAAGACAGCAUUACAGCUGAAUUCUGAACUAGGCGGCGGCGUCGGCAGUGCCGGUGGCAAUAAGCCUGCUAUGAUCAAUCCAGUGGCUGUUAAAAGCGCUCUAUGGCGGUCUGCCCUACCCAUCUUCCAGAAGUUUUGCAAUGAUCAUGGUUUAUGCAAUAACACUUCAACCUCCCAGUCGACUGCAAAAUCUUCAAACAGCAAUAGCAACAACAACAACACUAAUAGUAAUUUAACAAACUCAAAUAACGGAAGAAAUUCUAAUCCAGUGUCUUCUGCAAACGCUUCGUACACCUCCGAUUCUUCUAUCCUAUCACAAAAUUCUCCUGUUGUCAUUCUACCGAACAUUUCAAAUAUUUCAACACCGGUUACCGUCUCUAAAACCACGCCUAAGAUAACUGCCACUUCUCUUGUCACCAACACGACUCCUCGUGCAAGUUUGCCAGCUGCUGCUACCACCUGUAGUCCAAAAUUGAAUUCAAUUCCUGUCACAAAAUACUGUCAAUCACCUCCUGUACUACAAUCCACUGCACAAACAGUGAAUCGACCAAACUUUCGGAUUACACCAUCUUCAGUGGCACAGAACCCUAACCCUAACGCUAACUCAAAACCAACCACUAGCAGUCCGAAAGUUCCACUCACUCUGUGCGUAGAUACUGGAUCCUCUCGUCUCUCCUAUGUACUUCAAUCGAAUGUAGGAUCUGUAUCACCGAAUAAUUCACUUGUCGUCCCAGUCGCCUCUUCUCUAUCACCUCAGACGACAUCACAAUUCAAUCGAACGCCUAUCCUGCAGAAUGAAGCUAUAAUCGGUAGUCGAGUUGCUGCUAAUUCUAAUGCAACAGUACCUCUGCGUCUUGUUUCGUCGAGUUCUACAAAUCCGUCAAACACAACAACAACAACACCUACUGUUUUAUUAUCAAAGACAGCAUUACAGCUGAAUUCUGAACUAGGCGGCGGCGGCGUCGGCAGUGGCGGUGGCAAUAAGCCUGCUAUGAUCAAUCCAGUGGCUGUUAAAAGACAAUCAUACCCUCAAAGUUAUCCUUCUCAACAAAGUGCAAAUACCCAUGUGAAAAUCAAUGACUUGCCUAAAUCAUCCACCCUACCGAUUCAUAAUGAAGGCAUUCCAAAAUCAAGUGGAUCACAUUCAUCAGCCAAUUUCGUAUACGACGCAAGCAAAUUCAAUCAACCGAUUGCUGCUCAUCAUCAUCAUCAUUCUGCAGCUGCUCUUCUGUCUAAUCAACAAAUCGAUCAACUACAAAGUAGAGCAUUGCAGAGUACUACUACUACUGCUACUUCUACUGGUCGGAUUGGUUUGAAUAUUAAUCCAGCGUUGAGUGCAGCUGCAGCCGCUCUACUCUUCCCUCCACAACCUCCUCCAGCGCAUCAAUCGAAAUGUUCUAGCCUACCAGCACAAAAAGAACGUGUCGAUGGAAGAAAUACUGGCAGUAUACCUGCUGCACAUUCGAAUAACAAUUUCUAAGAUGUUUUAUGCGUGUGUGUGUGUGUGCGUAUAUUAAGAUUUCAGAUGAACUCAAUUUUUAUGAAAACCGCGCGUGUUAUCUUGCUGAGCAUCCACUGUUUAUAACUAACUGAAGAACACCGCCGCCGCCACCAACAACAACAACAAUGAUAUGCAUUUAGACACGAACACUCUACACACUGAGAUUCAAUACUCUCCGCUGUCACUCUCUUUCUCUCUCUUUCAGUAUCAUAAUUAAUUAUCGUCUCGUUUAGGAUAAAAUAAACAGAUCAACAAAAGAAUAAACUUGGUUCUGUUAAAUUAGGCGCCCACCGCCCACCUCUUUCUCGAAAAAAAUAAUCUACUAAUCAUGUAUGUGCCGACACAUUCUUAUACCAUGUAAUAAUAAUAAUA